AUGGGUAAACCUAACUCCAAAAAAUAUUUGGAAAAUAUAAAAAUUGUUGACAGAGGAAUAGAAAGAAUUGUUAAUUUAUUUGAAAAUUAUUUUAAUGAUAGAAGGUUUUUUAAUUUAAAUAAUUUAAAUUUAUUUUUUAGAACAGUUUAUUUAUUUACUUCGGAUCAUGGAAUGACUGAUUGGGGUUCUCAUGGUAUUAAACUUUAUUUUUUUUUAAUUUUUAUUCUAUUUUUUUUGUUGUCCUUAAAACAUUAA